AUGGGUUUGAAUCUCUUGGGGGACGAGGAAUCUUUUAUAAGAAACUUCUUGGAUACAUGGUUAAGUGGUGGUGUAAAGCCAAAUGGAUUAAAUGAGAUGGCAAGAACAGAAAAUGAUUCAUGGUAUCCAGUAAAAUCUUCGACUUGUCCUACAUGUCCCAAUGACUAUACUCAAAAAAAGUACGAUGUGUUCAUUAGCUUCAGUGGUGAAGAUGUUCGUCGAGGUUUCCUUAGCCAUUUGGUUGAGGCAUUUUCUCAAAAGAAAAUUGUUGUCUUUGUGGAUGAUAGCAUUCAUAAAGGAGAUGAACUAUCUGAAGCACUUCUUGCAGCAAUUGAAGCAUCAUUUAUUUCUUUGGUUGUAUUUUCAGAAAACUAUGCUUCUUCAAAUUGGUGUUUGUUGGAGCUUGAGAAAAUUGUUGAGUGCAGGAAAAAAUAUGGACAAAUUGUAAUGCCUGUUUUCUACAAUUUAAAUCCUUCAGACGUACGACAUCAAAAUGGGAGUUAUGGAGAUGCCUUUGCAAAACAUGGAAGAAAAUAUAACUUCACUACUAUACAAACCUGGCGAUCUGCUUUGAGUAAAUCUGCUAAUCUAUCAGGAUUCCAUUCAUCAAAAUUUCGAGAUGAUGCUGAACUUGUUAAAAAGAUGGUUAAAUGUGUGCUGAUGAGGUUGAAUCAUGUGCACCAACUGGAAGUAAAGUACAUAAAUUUUGUAUUGAAAGAUCAUGAUUAUUCAGUGGAUGCAGGAUUGGAAAGGUUGAAGGAUAAAGGUCUUAUCAGUAUAUCUCAAGAAAAUGUUGUAUCAAUGCAUGACAUUAUACAAGAAACUGCUUGGCAGAUUGCUCGCAUUGAAGACCCUAGAAGCCAGAGUCGACUAUUCGAUCCUGAUGACAUUUAUGAAGUACUAGCAUACGACAAGGGUAACGAGGCUAUCAGAAGCAUAAUCAUCAACUUGUUCAGACUCGAUCAACUGCAUUUAAACCCACAAGUAUUUGCCAAGAUGAGCAAUCUCCAUUUUCUGAAUUUUUAUACUGCAUGGUCUCUCAAUGUUGUCCUCAAAGAACAGUGGGGCUUGUAUCUUCCUCAAGGGCUUGAAUAUUUGCCGAAUGAACUAAGAUAUUUUGGUUGGACACACUAUCCUUUGGAAUCUUUGCCUUCAAAGUUUUCAGCGGAAAAUCUUGUUGAGUUGCACUUGCCAUAUAGCAGGGUGAAACAACUAUGGCAUAAAGUACCGGAUCUUGUGAACUUGAAGGUCCUUAUACUCCAUUCAUCUGCACACAUAAGGGAGCUGCCAGACUUUUCAAAGGCCUCAAAUCUUGAAGUAAUAGAUCUCAGAUCUUGUGUAGGGUUAACUAGUGUUCAUCCAUCAGUUUUCUCUCUGAAAAAGCUUGAGAAAUUGGAGUUGGAUGGAUGUAGUUCCCUUACAAGCCUUCGAAGCAAUACCCGUUUGGACUCUCUUAGAUAUCUCUCUCUCCGUCUUUGCAUGAACCUAGCAGAUUUCUCAGUGAUCUCAAAGAAUAUGACAAGGUUGAAUUUACAACUCACUAGUAUCAAACAACUCCCUUCAUCUAUUGGAUCUCAAAGCAAGCUUGAAAAGUUAAGUCUAUCAUACACUUACCUUGAGAACUUGCCUGCAAGCGUUAAAAAUCUUAGAGGGUUGAGACAUCUUGAUGUACGAUAUUGUAGGAAGCUUAAGUCUCUACCAGAGCUUCCUCCAUCACUUGAAAUACUAGAUGCCCGUCAAUGCGUAUCAUUGGAGACUGUAACGUUCCCUUCUAUUGCUCAACAAUGGAAGGAAAAUAAGAAAAAGGUUGCCUUCUGGAACUGCUUGAAACUCGAUGAACAUUCUCUCACGGCUAUUGAGACGAAUGCGCAAAUUAACAUGGUGAAAUUUGCGCUCCAACAUUUGUCUGCAUCUGGGGAUGCUGAAGGUACUUAUGUGUACCCGGGAAGCCAAGUUCCAGAAUGGUUGAUGUAUAAGACGGCACAUGAUGAUUACGUAACCAUUGUUCCGAAGUCUCACUCGGGCUUCAUAUUUUGCUUCAUUGUACCGGAAUUGCCUUUUGGGGAUUCCGUUUUGAAAUUGAAGAUUAGUACUGGGGGUGAGGGUGAAGGUGACAGUAUGAAUGUGUACUUGGUUCGACCACAACAUGGUAUUAGGUCGGAUCAUGUGUAUCUAUUGUACAAUCAAGCAUGUUCUCGAUUCCUAAUUAAUCGUGCCAAAAAUCAACAAACAUUGAAAAUCAAGGUUACAGUAGAAUCACUACAACUCACAUCCGAGUUCAAACUGGUGCAGUUAAGAGGGUUUGGGGUCAGCACAAUCAAUAAUUUUCUUCAAACUGAUGCUAGCAUUCCAAAGGAACAUCAUGAAUUCUACCCCGGCACUGUGUGGAAUAGGUGA